UUGAUGGCAUCUACAGCACUUCAUGCGCUUGGGCUUCUUGAUUGGAACUCUGGAAUCGCAAAAACGACCCGAAUUCGACUGAAAUCAAUAGCAGCAGCAGCAGCCAGUAAGAACUAUGCCGAGAGUGACACAAGUAUUGCGCAGAGCUCGUAAGGCCAUUGAAGACCUGGAUUUGUUGAAAAUCUUGGAUUCUGAGCUCAGACAUGAACUCUCCUCUAUGCGCUACCAGGAUGAUAAAGUUGGUUCAUUUGGGGAUUUUGUUUUGGAAUGGGAUUCUCCUCAGUCUCAAGAUGUUGUUUUGCGGAAAAAAUGUUCAUCAGGGGAAGAAGUGGCGGUUUCAGCUUUGUUGAGUCGUGACACCUUCCAGGGAGAUGGCAGGUUGCCGGGGGAAGCUCUUCUGAAAAUAUGCAUAAAGAAGCCUGGUUUGAGCUCUAUUUUGAAGUUUGAUUGUGUGGCAUCUAACAGAGGAGGUAGUGAACCUGAGUUCGAUAUUCAGAAUGCGCAUUACAUCGCAUCAUCAUCACCCGUUGAUUCUUCAAUUUAUAGAGGCCCCUUAUUCAGUGAUUUGGACCCUGCUUUGCAGCAUGAGCUGAGGCAAUACCUAGCGGCCAGAGGAAUCGAGGAGAAGUUCACCAAUUCCCUCCUCCUACACCUACAUAAGAAGGAGCAAGGUCAAUACAUGAGCUGGCUGCAAAAGCUAAAGGAUACAAUGGUAGAAAACCAGUAAUGUACACAACUGCAGCGCCAACACUUAACUUCCAAAAUUCCAUCUGGUUCUCUCGCCUUCCCAUUGAUGAAGUAAGUAAAGUUGUGACUAAAUUCUGGCUUUGGACGUCUACUUAACUUCCACAUUCUUAGGCGUGAAUGUUAUAGGAAAUAUCCACUGGGAGAUCUUUCCGCAAAAAACUUUUGGCUAUGAAAUGAAUCAGUUGAGGACGCCUUGGUUGGUUGUUCGUUCUUUGGACUUUAAUUCAUUACCGACUUAAGUUACCAACUCUCCCCCUCCUUCUCCCCCGUUGGAUCUAAUUCAUCCUACCCAACGGAUCCAACUGAGACUCGAACAAUGAUCUCUAGCUACUACCUUGUAUUUGUCCUUGUUUUAUAAAAAUGAUUAACUCAAAUUGUAAAAAAAAAAAAAAAAAAAACAACUUCUUGCAUCCAUUUUUGGAAACCAUUUCAAAUUUCUUUCAAUAAUGAAUGUGAAAUCACAAUGAAACCCUUG